CCCUUCUUCUCUCUCCCCUCCCACACAUUUGUCACGAGAUUUUGGUGAUCUCCUCUCUUUCUUCUUCUUGUCCUUCUUCCUCCUCUUCCCCUCCUCUGCUCCCUCACCAAACCCCUUUCGCCAUGGAUGAGGACGACGAAGAAGAGAUGCUUGUAGAGGAGAGGGACGAAGUCGAGUUCCUACCCAUCUCAAACCCCAACGAGGAAGCCCCCACCAAGCGAAAGGGCUUCUUCCUCAACCCAAACCCCCAAAACCCUAGCGCUCGAUCCCCGUUCGUCCCUGCUCGGUACAAAAUUGUCUCCUUUGACGCCAUCGAGGAGGCUAGAGUUCUCUUCAGGGGCUGGUCGAGCUCGCCGCGGCAGUGGGAGAGCUGGAUCGCGAAGCUCCGCCCCAAAUACGGCGAUUUGUGGCGAAAAGUUGGCGUCUUUGACGCGAUUUCGGCGUCUACGUGCCGAAUUCGCCGGGAUCCUUCCGCCAUUUUCGGGGUCUCGGCCUUCUGGUGCGAGGAGACCAGUAGCUUCAUCUUCCCCUGGGGGGAGGCAACCCUAACCCUAGAGGACGUCAUGAUUGUUGGCGGGUUUCCGGUUUUAGGGCAAUCGGUGAGGGAGCCGCUGCCGGGAGAGUAUAAGGAUUUGGAGGUGAAGAUGACGGAGGAGCGAUUGCGGUUUAACCGGAGCUCGAGCAAGAAGGCUCACCAUUCCGCCUGGAUGAGGCAUUUCAUCGAGCACGACGCGGACGAUUUGGAGCACAUCGCCUUCCUAUCGCUGUGGCUGUCGAGGUUCGUCUUCUGCAGCCACCCGGAGAAGACGGUGAAGCAGAACGUGUUCUCAAUCGCGAUUAGAUUAGCUCGAGGGGUGAGGGUCGCUCUUGCGCCCGCAGUCCUUGCCGUUAUAUACCGGGAUUUGCGGGAACUGAAGGAUUAUAUGGUUUAUAGUGGAGGGAGAAAGGACAUCCCUUUAGUCCUUUGGGCUCCUCUGGAAAUUUUGCAGCUUUGGGUGUGGGAGAGAUUUCCUGCUCUAAGGCCGGAGGCAGAGAAGUUGAUUGAGGCGGGAGAGCCGAGGGCUGCUAGGUGGCACGAUGUUGGCAAGAAAUCGGAGCUUUCCUUUGUGAAUUCCAUUAUAAAAAACCCUAAUGAGUUCCGAUGGCGGCCGUAUGCUGCUGAUUUGAGUAAUUGGUGUAAGCCUGAUUUCUAUAAAGACAAUGGUGAAUGGGUUCGUGGGGAGUCGGUUCGAGACGAAGGAUUGAAUUCCUUUGCUAAGUGCUUGAGGGUUUGUGAAUUGGUGGCAUUGGAUUGUAUCGAGCGAUAUCUCCCACACCGUGUAGCAAUGCAAUUCGGGUUGGAUCAAGAUAUACCGCAUAGCAUAUCUCGUGCUAAUUCGAGGUGGGAAGAAGCGUGGAGUACUUACGAGAUUGGUAAAAAGAAUUUGGCGGUUUAUUGUCCAUCUCGGAGUUCCGACUCGGGCAUCACGAUCGAGUACUUGAAAUGGUGGAAGGAGUGUAUGGCAAAUUGUGGUACAUAUGCGGUUAGUAGCGAGGAGAAAUCACAAAAUUUAUUGGAAAAUGCCAAGAGAUCGUCGGAGGAGGCAAUGGAGGAAGAAAAGAAGGAUAGUAAGAAGAAGGCCCGGGUUUCUCCUAAUGGUAAGAAGAGGAAAUUGGUGGACUUUUAUAAUACCACGCUCUCGGAUUGGCUUGCUUUUACUGAUCAAUACAUUGGAGGGAAUAAGUAUUUGAAUUCGGAGAAGCCUUCACUAGUCAAAGAGGGAUUAGAUAAUUCUAAUAAUCCCAAUGUAGAAAGGGUGAUGCAGAUCGGAGAAGCUCUUUCAAUAGAAGGGGAGAAGCUGAGAAAAACAAAUGAAGAAAUUGUCGAGGAUGACAAGGAGAAGGUGAUUGUGGAAACUAUUAAGGAGCAUAAAGAAGAUGUUUUACUCAAGGAAGCAAACCCUAGAGGAGAGAGUAAAGAAAUCAUGGUGAGUGAUGUGGAAGGAAAGGCUAUUGUUGACGAGGAUAAAAGAAAAGACAAUGGGGAGUCUACAAAGGAGAUUGUAGAAGUUGUUCCGUUAGAACAAGGAAAUCAGAAGGAAGAGAAUAAGGAUGAGGAAGAAAAAAUGAUUGCAGAAAAUGUUAAGGAAAUAAAAGGUGAAGAAUCUUCUUAUGAUUCAGUUGUGAAAAAUGAGCUCAAUGAAGCUCCUUCACAAGAAGAGCCAAAUCAGAGUAAAAAAGAGAAGGAGGAAGAUGACGUUGUGAUGGAGGAUGUCAAGAAAAUAGAUGGUUUUGAAUCUUUAUCUGAACCAGGUUCAGUGAAAGAGGCUGAAGAAAUUGCUAAUACAGAAGAUGGCGAGAAGAAGAAUGAAAACAAGGGAAUUUCAGAUGAUAAAAGUGUGGAGGAGCAAGUUGUCAGAGAUGUUAACAUUGGAAAUGAUGGAGAAUCUACUACUGUGGUAAAGGAGAGUCAAGAAGCACUUUCUCCAGGAAAGGCAUGUCAAAGAGAGGAAGACAAGGGAAUUUCGGACGAAGACCAGGAUGCUAACAGGACAAUCAAGGGGGAGCCUCCACUUGAUCCAGAUAUCACAAAGGCAGCUACUCCACUAGAAAGUGAAGGGAAGGGAAGAAUAGUAGAAAUUAAGAGAAAAAGUAUACCUCCUCAUGAGUUGAUAGUGAACAAGAAAAGUAAAAACAAGGCUACUGCAGAAGAUGGUAGGAGAAAAAUUGAGAGACUUUCUUCGCAUCACCUGCUGAAAAGAUUUGACUCAUUGGACAAGGAGGAUAGGGCUAAAAUGAUAGAGAUAGAAGAAGGUGAAGGAGUUUUUUCACCCCAAGUGGCAAAGCUUAGAAUGGAAAAGAUCGAGGAAAGGCGGGCUUCGCGUAUUGCUAAAGAAUCGGAGCUCGAGAUGCAGAUUAGAAAGCUAAAGGAAGAGAUUACUGCAAUGGAAGCUAGGGUAAUGGACUUGGAGCCCAUCAAUGAGGUGCACUUUUCAUCUUAGGAGUUUCCUUUUUUGUAGCUUAUAUCUAGUUGGGUGUAUGUUUUUGUACAAAUUGGCAUUAAUAUGCUUAUUGGUUUUGCUAGUAAAACUAAAUCUGGAAAGACAUCUUAUUCUGAGUUUUGUCCCAACUA